AUGAAACCAAGACCUAAAAAUCCAAAUAAGGGAAAUUCUGAAAAGGUGACGCAUAAGCACUAUUCGGAAGAAAAUAUGCAAAAGGCAUUGAAGGAAGUAGGAAAGGAGUCAUUAAUUGAUAUGCCAAUAGUUACUACUACUAUGUCUACACUUAACACCCCAUCAGUUACAAAUUUGACUCCAGUUAAAUUAAGUGAUAUUCUUUUACUACCAAAGUCAACUCAGAGAAAAGGCGUUAAAAAUAGUGUUAAAAAUCCUUUUGUACUUACGUCAGCAGAUAAGAGAGCUAAAGAAAAUGAAAAAAUUUGGAUUAAGCAAGAAAAGGCAGAAGGAAUCAAAAAGAGAAAAGAAGAUAGAGAACGUAAGAAAUUAGAAAAGGAAAAGGUACAAAAGAUGCCAAAGUCCAAAAAGAAUGCCAAAGAUGAUGUUGUUAAGUUUUUGUUAUCAGAAUUUUUUUAUAACUUUAACAAAGAUGCUACUGUUGUUGAAAAGGAAAAUGAGCAACACAUAGAUUAUACAGAUGAAGAAAACAGACAGUCAAAAAGAAGUAAAACUUACACUACUGCUGAACUGGAGGAGACAUUAACUGAACUUGAUGGUUACGAAUUAAUAUCUCAUCUGCUCAAAGAGCACAAGCUUACUUCUGUUGGUACAGUGCGCAAGAACAAGAGGCAACUACCAAAGGCAUUUAUCGAUUCUCGCGGUCACAGUGCAGCUAUCUUUUGGUCGAAGUUUGCCUUUCAAAAUGAUAUGACGCUAGUGUCUCAUAUACCAAAAAAAAAAAAAAUCAAUCUUGUUUUUUUUGGUAUCUUUGGUUUCUUUGGUUUUUUCUUGAAGAUUGUUAUACUUAUGUCUAGUCUUCACCACAAUGCUGAAAUUGAUGAAUCGACAAGAGAGAAAAGAAAACCUGAGAUAAACACGUUUUAUAACACCACUAAAGGUGGAGUAGACGUAGCAGAUGAGUUGUCUGCAUCAUACGAUGUGAGCCGCAACUCAAAAAAAUGGCCUCUUACUAUCUUCUAUGCAAUGCUCAAUAUGGCUGGAAUUAAAGCAUAUAUUAUACACGGGUCUAACACAACGACCAUUCAAAAACGUCGAUUUUUUAUAAAAACAUUGGGCAGAUUGCUUGUUACCGAAAUACCUCAACUGCCUACACAGCUACGCAAAAGGAUAAGAGAAUUCAGUGGAGAACCUGAACAAGAGUCAGAGUUCCAGGUGUACGAAAAAGAUGCCAAGUAUGUCCUUAUGCCCGCCAUCGCAAGACAGCAAAUGUUUGUGACGAAUGCCAUAAAUAUAUUUGUCCCGAACAUACUGUUCCGUUCUGCCAGAAUUGUGUUGCAACUACAGACAAUAAUGAUAUGUAGUUUAUAA